CUUUCAUUUGAUUUACCGAGUCCUGACAAUGAACAAAUUCAUCUGUUACGCGGAAUUUCUUUUCCUUCUCCUAGAUAUAAGCCACAGUACUGGUCAUAGGUGCAAUCAUAGUGGGCCGCCUGGAAGCGGUGAUAAAAAUCCGCUGAAUGGACUUGGUCGAGGGAAUUUGAAUGAGGCACCUCGUUACGUCUCUCCGGUGCUAUUUAGUUUUUCUGAUUACUCAGCGUCUGAAUUCAUUUGACCUACAGUCACCGCCACCACAAGAAGGUCAUCCAGUGUAACGUACCUGUCGACGGCGACCUUCUGUAUUCAAUUGGGUGAAUGCAUUCUUGCACCCGGUCUCAUUGUCGAUAGAAUCCAAUUCGUCAGAGAUGUUCUCGUAAGACGCCAUCUUUCCAAUCAA